AUGAAAUAGGACGGCCACAGAUAAUUUAGUGAAUGAAGUUCUCGUAUGUCUUUUCCCAAUACUUCGAAAUUGCUAACAUUACAGAGAGCUCGAACAGACAAGUGGCAGUUUCCAGACAUGGACCCACUGUUCAAAAAAGUACUGUUGCGAACACUGCUUUACUUGUUAUUUCUCCUUCCCAGCGCUUGGCUCUUUCUGCAAGUGGAGUACACGGAGGAAGACGAGGAAGAAACAAAGUAUCAAGUGUUGCACUCCCUGCAAGAAUUCAUGAUAUCUAAAUACAAUAUAACCACCGAAGAGUUCAUUAACUUCUCUCAUAUCGCACACGAGGCCCUAAGUGAUCCGAAACCUAAGUGGACCUUUUCGUCUGCCCUUGAUUUUGUCUUUCAAGCUUGGUCCACCAUAGGUUACGGGUACAUCACUCCUCAAACAUGUUCAGGCAGAAUUUUGUGCAUCAUUGUUUGUUUAUAUGGGAUUCCUAUCACCCUGCUCUUGUUAAAAUCCAUUGGGGAGCUGAUUACCAGCCGUGUUAAUGCCGAAGUCAGACGUUUCGAAAAGAAAUUCUUGAAUACACUGGAGCCGAAACAUAUUCAAACUAAGACUGCUGUUGUUUUGGUAUCGUCGAUGAUAUUGCUGAUGACGGCAUAUGGAUCUUUGGUACCGUAUCUUUUAGGUUGGACUUUUGACGAAGGAGUAUAUUAUUCUUUUAUAACAUUUUCUACAAUCGGUUUUGGAGACUAUGUUUUACAUACUAAAUCCGGAAUCAAAAGUCUCGAGAGAUUAUUUUCAAAAAACUCCUCAAGGCAGGAAGGAAGCAAAUUUAGAGUAGCUCACUCAGAGGAUACCAUUUACUCGGUUAUCCACAAUGUAUUGGCGUCAUUGUAUUGCAUGUUCGGUCUGUGUGUGGUAUCUGGUGUGAUUAAUUCCAUCAUGACUGCCUUGGAAGAAACGAAAAAUCCCCUCACUCGGCGUGCUACUGGAUGCAUCCCUCGAAAAACUCAUAACCACAUCGGGAUAGAUCUAGCCAGUUGUUCGCAGCGUGAAGAACAUGAAGAAAUGCAACACUCAGACGUUCAAACUGUAGAGGGCAAUCUUUCACGGUCGGUUGCAGAAAUAAAAUAACGUAAGCUAGAAGUUUCUCCAUGGUGAGACCUGUUUUGUCACUAAUCUUUCAGGCUGCAUGCAUGCAUGGAAUUGAGAGAGAGGGGAGACAGUGGGACAUUACUCAUGAGGGGAAAGAUAGGUAUAAGGAGACAAGCCAGCUGUUUCAGUGGAAUGAAUGAUUUUAAUGCAUCACUUUCGUUCAAUAUUACUCAAAUCGGAUUUUAUAUUAUCUCAGGAAAAU